CAGUUGCUACACUUGUCAAAAUUGAAGUCGAAAAAAGCCACAAAUCUCUAUAGUAUCCCUUGUUUUUAGAAACUCGACAGCACAAAAUUCGAACACAAAAAGCCCCUCAAUAUAAGUACAUUCGAAAUUAUUGUGUUUAUAUCGCGUACAGACGUGUCGCCAUUCUGAGUUCUGAUUUCCGGACCCCAUAGAUCGCAUAUGUAAAAUGGACAGAAAGCCCUCAAGUCACCGCCCCCAUUAUCAGCACCAGCAUUACAGUAGCAAUAUUGAACAUAAGACGCCGGAGCAACCGCAUUACUAUCCUUUGAAAACGGAUACCCAGCCGGCGAAUAAGGGGAGCGGUUGUGUCUCUCCGGAAUCGGUCCAAUCCUCUCGCCUGCCCCAUAAUCCCCAGGACCCCGGUCAGGCCUAUGUUCAGCAGUACUUCCAGAGCCGGCAAGCCAUGAUAACCACUGCAUCGGUCCCUCAAAGGCGACAAUAUCAACAGCAACAGCAGGCCAUGCAAAUCAACGAGAGACUGGCCGAAAUCGAUCGCCGGAACGCCAUCAAGAAGCUCUCGGAGAUGCGCAUGCAGAAGAACAUGCAAACCGUUGACAAGAACAUGGAGGCGCUGAAGGAGCUGCACGCCAGCAUACCGGCAAUCAACAAGAUCUUCGAUGUCCAGUGCCGCAUCGGAAGCGGCACGUUCAGCACCGUGUUGCUGGGAACCCUCCAGGGCGAACGGUGUCUGCUGGAGACGCAGCGCCGGAGGUUUGCCAUCAAGCACCACAAUCCCACCAGCCACCCGGAGCGAAUACUGCGGGAGUUGGAGUGCAUGGUGCGCAUCGGGGGCGUGGACAAUGUUAUUGGCAUUAACUGCUGCAUUCGGUGCAAUGACAAUGUGGCCUUUGUCAUGCCCUACAUGACCCACGAUCGGUUCCACGACAUCUACAAGCUGUUGAGCGUCCAGGAGGUCCGCGAGUACAUGAGGAACUUGCUGAUCGCCCUGCGACACGUCCACAGGUUCAACGUCAUCCAUCGGGACGUGAAGCCGAGCAAUAUUCUGUUUAAUCGCCGCACCGGCAAGUUUCUGCUAUGCGAUUUUGGCUUGGCCCAGAGGAUCGCCGAAGACGGCUCGGUAAUCCAGGCGAGUGACUUUGGGGCCUUUUCCUUCCUUCGAGACAAGGAUGCGGUGAAGAACGUAAUGUUGCAGGACGGCAAUUCGGCUCAGGCUGAGGCGGAGGAUUACAUGGCGAAUCGUAAGAUGAGGGCUCUGGGCGGCGGCGGCGGCGUGGAUCAUCCGCUGAAGGGGCCACCUAGUUUCCUGAAAUUCCGGGAGCCGCUGACCAAGAAGGACAUGGCCAACCAGAAGGCGGAUACGCUCAAGUUACUCAAUCGCUUACGAUUCAUGAGCCCCCAGACCAAUCCCGACAACUAUGUGGUGCCCUCAGUGUCGGUGAAGAAGGAGAUGCACGCCUCGCGGGCAGGCACACCAGGGUACAGGCCACCCGAGGUCCUGCUGAGACAUCCACAUCAGACCACCGCCGUGGAUGUGUGGGCCUCGGGGGUUAUAAUGAUAUCGAUGCUCUCGGCUAUGCAUCCGUUUUUUAAGGCUCCCAACGACUGCAGCGCCCUGGCGGAAAUUAUGAACCUUGUCGGCGAUAUUUCGGUGCGAAAGGUGGCCUUCAUGAUGGAUCGCUUGGUUUUGCUUACGCAGAAGCGGAAUCCUCUGGACUUGAGGCGUGUCUGCAUGCGACUCCGCUACGCUGAGCACUUCCUGGCGCCAGAGAUGCAGCGGCGGCAUCGAAGGGCCGAUGGCAGCACCGAGAUGUGCCGGGGCUGCGAUCAGCCGACCUUCAACUGUCUCUGCCGGAACAGCGCUCACAAGCUGGAGUCGUACGAUGGACUGGACAUGUUUCCCUCGAAUGCCUAUGACCUGCUCUCCCGCCUGCUGGAGGUCAAUCCCGAGAAGCGGAUCACAGCCGAGGAGGCGCUGAAGCAUCCGUUCUUCAGCGACCAGCAGAGAAUCGCCUCGGGCGUCCCGCUGCAUCAGCAGCACCAGUUGGUGGCCAGGGACUCGAUGCCUGCGACGGCAGCCAGGACCCUCAAGCCCUUCGUAUCGUAUCCCGUGGAGCUGGCCUCCGCAACCAAUAUCUGAUUCGUUUGUAUUUAUUAUACGCAUUCCCUUGGCUUCCUUUCAUUUAUAUUUCAUUUAAGUAAAAAACCAAAAACAGGGAGAGCAACGCCUUGGCCUCUAAUUGAAUUGUGCAGACAAGAACAAGGACCAGAUAAUUCCUAUAACAAAAGGUGAAAAUAUUCACAACAAAUUUGCAUCGAAAAUAUAAUGCCAAUUUACGUUA